AUGAACAAUUAUUAAAUAACUAACUAUCAAAUAAAAACCAUAAAUAUCAUAAUUUAUAUUUAUAAAUUAAAAAAAAAUGUAAUUUUUUAUGAUUAUCAAUCAUUUAAAAAAAAAUAUCCUUAACUUUAUAUUGUUUAUAAGAGUAAUUAACAUAUUCACAUCCACAUAAUUAAAUAAUUUGUUUGCAAAGUUAUAAUUAAAACAUCAGAUAAUAUUUGUGUUAGAAUAUACUUAUAAUUAUUUAUUUUUCAAAAGGGAAAAAAAAAAUUAGGUGACUUAAGAUAUUAAUCUAAGCAGGAGGGAGUUUUGGAAUAUUUUUUUAAUCAUCAAAAAUACUUUAAAAAAAUAAAAUAAGUUAAAACAAUAAAAAAUAGAACUAAAUAAUUUAUAAUAUAAAUGGAAAAUAAUAGGUGUAAUUUACCAAAACACGCAUCUAACCCUUUUAAUUUUUUAUGUGUAGAUCCUUCAUGCAAAUAUACUCAGAAAUACGCUUGUCUAGGAUGUAUUGCAUUCUACCAUCCAGGUCACAUGCUAGUAGAGUAUAAUGAUGUCUACGCAUAGAUAAAUUAAGGUUCUUAAGAAACUAAUUAACCUGAAAAUGAAACUUUAGAAGAAUUUAUAGAAAAAAAAAGGAUGUAUACUAUGAGUGAUAUUUGCGAAGUAGUUAAAUUAUUAGACAUGGUGUAGUUUUAGGAAGCUUAUUCUAAUAACUCUAAUGGUAAUAAUAACAAAUCUAGCAACUUGUUAAACCUAUAAAAUAAAUAUAAUGAUAUUAAAUCUAAACCUUUUCACUCCAUGAAUUCUUAAGAGUUGAAUACUGUCAUUGAGCUCUAUAACACCCUAUAGAAUAGCAACUAAACUAGCAAUUAAUAAAAUGAUAAUUAAUAACUAAGCGAAAAGAAAUAAAAAAUAAACAAAAUCCUCAACGAUAACAAGAAGAAUAUCAUGAUAUUUAUUAAUACAUAUAGGGAAUAAAUAGAAGAAGGUAAAGAACCAAUAAGUUAUUAAGAUGCUUUACAAUAAAUAUAAAAGUUGAAAUAAUAACAAUAACAAUAAUAACAACAAUAAUCAUAAUAAUAAUAAACCAAUUAAAAUGAAUAAAUUGAAAACUUAAAUAAACAAAUUUCUUAACUUAAGAGCUAAAAUGCAUAAUUAAAGGAAUAAUAAACUAUGCUUUAAAAUGAAAAUACUGUAUGUAAGGAUGAUCUUCAAGUAGCGAAUGUUAAAUUAUAAAGCGUUAAAGAAAUGAAUGAGUAACUUAGAACUCGCUUAUAGACAGCCUCUAAAAAUGCAGAUAAUACUACAUAAUUUAUAAAACUGUAGAAUGUUGUUGAUAGCUUGAGAUAAGAGUUAUCUACCUCAGAUAAUAAGUACAACAAUUUACAAAAAGCUUACAAAGAAUAACAAUAAGAAAACGAAGAGCUCAAAGAAGUAUUAAUCAAAGCUAGAAUAGCUUUAGAAAUAUACUAGAGCAAAUUUUAAUAAUUAACAUAGUAAGUAGAAUAAAACAAAAGAGAAAGCGUAGUUGCUAACUUAAGAGCAGCCAUUAUAGCAGCUGAAAAUGAUGAAAGAAGAAAAUAAGAGAUUAGGAGAUAAUAAGCAUAAUAAGGACGUGUAGAAGUUACAGAAUGCAAUGUCUAAUGA